AUGAAUUCCAAGGCUUUUAUUAUCCUCCUCUCAGUCUGUGCAGUUGUUUUUCUCAUAUCUUCAGCCGUAGCCAUCGAGACUUCUGAAGUGAAUAAAGCAGAAGAAUCAAACCCUGUGAAUGAAGAAAAGCACGAAGGAUGGGUUGACGGACGCGGAGGCGGCGGGCCUGGUGGCGGGGGACGUGGUGGUGGCGGACGCGGAGGCGGGGGACGUGGUGGAGGUGGACGUGGCGGUGGAGGGCGUGGUGGCGGGGGGCGUGGUGGUGGAGGACAUGGUGGCGGAGGACAUGGAGGAGGGGGACAUGGUGGUGGAGGACAUGGAGGAGGGGGACAUGGUGGCAGCGGACAUGGUGGCGGCGGACAUGGUGGCGGUGGACAUGGUGGAGAGAAGAAGAGUGAAGCAAAACCAUGA